CGUAUAUGCAAAUUUUUUAUGACUUAAAGCGCCGAAGAACCAUGACAGUGUACUAUAAUUGUAGAUACUGUGAACCUUCCAAAGUGUAGCGUCACACACGAUAUUCUUUUAAGAGCUCGACCCGUUUUCGAAACUGGUGGUGGCUGAUUAUAGCACCGAUAAGGCUUGGUACUUCUUGAAACUACCAGCGCCUCGGAUAUAAAAUGGUAUGGGGACCGUCAUCAUACGUUUACCACCGUAUGCAAUACAGACCAAUGGCCUCAAUCUAUUUACAAAUGGUCUUCUGAACUUAUAUUAAUAUCCAGAACGCAAUACAUAGGCCAAUUGGAUGUGGGUUAUGAGUUCAGCCAGGGCCGUGAACGUUUAAUAGUUAGAGAUCUUUAGAUAGCUUCUUGCUAUCUGUCCUCAUUAUCCUCUGUUCCCUGUAUUUAUAUCCUUGAAGAACGUCUUGAGUCUGAAUCACCCCAAGUUACCGCAAGCUCCGGCGACUAUCGUCAUAAUGUCAGAAGUUCGGCAACGAAGCACCAGGUCAAAGGCUGAAGAAAAGGACAUCUCGUCCGCUCCAGCUGUGGCCUCGCUGGUGAAAGAAGAAGAUCGUUCAAAGAUCACUGUCCUUGAGGUUCUACGGACUAUAACAUUGCUUCUCCUCCUCUCCGGCCUUGCCAGCUGGUUCGUAACCCGCGACAAUGCGGUCUGGGGCCUCAAACGACCCCGCGCAACAUAUAUAUCCUACUGGCAGUCAAUGCUAGCUGCACCAGUCCUCCUCACAGAUGCCGAGCUCGGAGAAUAUGAUGGUAGCGAUCCCACCAAGCCCAUCUACCUAGCCGUCAACGGCACAAUCUACGAUGUGACCGACGGCCGCCGCUUCUACGGCCCAGGCGGCUCGUACCACCAACUCGGCGGCGCCGACUGCUCGCGAGCCCUGGUGACCACCUGCUUCAACAGCGAUAUCAGUCCCGAUAUGCGGGGCGUAGAAGAGAUGUUCCUUCCCAAGAGCACGCCGCAAGUGGAUGCUCAGUAUACCACAGAGGAGAUGGCAGCCCUACAAGAGGAAGAGCUCAAGAUUGCAAAGGAGAAGGCGUAUAAGGCCCUGAAGCACUGGGCGGAUUUCUUUGCCAAUCACAAGAAGUACACGAAGGUUGGAACGGUUAAGAGGGAGAAGGGCUGGGAGACGAAGGGUGAGGUGCCGGUGCUCUGCCAGAAUGCGAAUAAUGCGAGGCCGUUUAGGAAGCCGCCCGUGAAGAGCACAUGA